CCGGAACCGGAAGUGGACCCCGAGCCAGGAGGAAGGAACCGGCUCGGCCCUGUCCCUGUGGCCCGGUGGUUUGGUGGUUUGGAGGGCGGUGGCGGCAGUUCUGAGGGGCGCGGCCCCCUGCUCUCUGCGAGCCGGUCUCGCGGCUGAGCCGGCCCGUGGCCCGGGGGCGCGGCGUCAUGAAGCUGUACAGCCUCAGCGUUUUCUACAAAGGCGAGCCCAAGGUGGUUCUGCUCAAAGCAGCCUACGACGUGUCUUCCUUCAGCUUCUUCCAGAGGUCCAGUGUUCAGGAAUUCAUGACCUUCACAAGUCAACUGAUUGUGGAACGCUCAGCGAAAGGCAGCAGAGCUUCUGUCAAAGAACAAGAGUAUCUGUGCCAUGUUUAUGUUCGGAAUGACAGUCUUGCAGGUGUGGUCAUUGCUGACAGUGAAUACCCCUCUAGAGUGGCCUUUACAUUACUGGAGAAGGUAUUAGAUGAAUUCUCCAAGCAAGUCGACAGGAUAGACUGGCCAGUAGGUUCUCCCGCUACAAUCCAGUACACAGCCCUGGAUGCUCACCUUAGUAGAUACCAGAACCCUCGAGAAGCUGAUCCCAUGAGUAAAGUGCAAGCUGAACUAGAUGAGACCAAAAUCAUUUUGCACAACACUAUGGAGUCUUUGUUAGAGCGAGGAGAGAAGCUCGAUGACUUGGUGUCCAAAUCGGAAGUACUGGGAACUCAGUCUAAAGCCUUCUAUAAGACGGCCCGGAAACAAAACUCGUGCUGUGCAAUCAUGUGACAUAGCCUGGAGAGGCCAGCAGUGAUCAUCACUGUCACUCUCAUCAGAACUGCAGCCCCUGGAGAAGAGACACUCUGGAAGACCUGGAGCAGGGAAGACUGGCCAUUUUAUUUUAAAGUCCCAAGAGGAUCCCAUGGGUGGUGGAAGGGUGGGGCAUGCUCAAGUUCAUAAUGUCUGGUUGUGAUUUUGGGGAAGAAUUUGAAGCCCACAAUGGUGUGUUUGGGGGAAAAUGAAACCAUAAACCCUGAGCGGCUCCUGUGGAUGCUGAAGGGCUUCUUCCCGGUCAGUUCCCAAGGCUCUGUGCAAGAGAGUUCAGAGCCAGUUCUUCCUUGGUCCUUGGUGCGUCUUGGGAUUUCAUUUUUACAUUAAGUAUAUUAACAGUGGGGUGGGAGAGGGGUCACUGGUGACAGGGUUGGGGUGGGCGGAGUUUGAGCCUUUGGAUAAGCCUCUAUGCGUCACUCUGGGGGAUCGAGCAGUCUACCACAGUGGCCAGAGCUGUGUGGUAGGCCAAAGUCCAUCACACAAAGUCCGAACCCCUUUAGCUUGUCUGUCUGCUAGAAUAAGCAAGGCCCGUCCUACAGCACCUUCCAUCCAGUUCCACAGAGACAUGGGAAGUGUUUGGAAGGAGCAGGGAUGGGUGGGAUGGGUGGGUUGUGGUUGUUCCAGCCAGCAGACUGGGGAUUCUGCCCAGGAGAGGGGGCUGCUCUGAUGUUUGUAAGAUCAGCUGGGAAUGUCCAUCUUCAGACACAGGUGCCCUCAGCUGCCCAGCAUGGAGAUUCACCUAUCUGGACUUACAGUUGGACUUUAACUAUAAAGACAAAAGUAGUGGGUGCUGUUAUCCCUAGACUGGUUUUAAUUUGCCUCUGCCCUCAAGACUGUCUUGGCAAGCCUGGGGCCUGUGCAAUUAAACGCGUCUCCCUGUGCUCUAGAAGUAGGUGCAACAGCCCAAGACUACCAGCUCCCAGCUGUGGUCUGGUCAGCACUGACCUGCAAGCCCCUUCCUUAAGAGGCAGCCAUGGGCGGUGGAACCUGAGGACUCCAGUCUAAGUUGGUGCCUGUCUGAGCUACUGGCACAUCCCUGAGGCCCAGCCCUGGAACCAGGCAGGAAAAGCCCAAAGGAUGGGCUCAGGAUGUUCUGGGGUUCCAGACUGUUUGUUCAUGCCCCACUGUGCUCAACGUGCACCCCUGAGAUCCUGGCUACACAGAAACUCCUGCUGGGAUGGGAUGUUGUCAUCUUUGAACUGGUGUGCUCUGAUCCUCAGGAGCCUGUCCUGAGCUUGCCACACUUGUGAGUACUCUGUUGCGAGCAGCGGUUGUGUGAGAGAUGGGGUCUUCUGUCAGUACUGAGGGCUUCGUCCCCUGGUUAGUUUAUGAUGCUGCCCUAGGCACUGCAGGUCAAAAGACUUUAGAGCCUUCUUGAGAGGCUAGCCUACUGCCAUACAUCCCCAGUCCAGGGCUUCUGGACAGCUACAGGCUCAGCCUGACCAUUGGUACCUGAGAUGAGUGAAGUAGGUCUGGGCCUUGAAGAAGGAAUGGUGGGAUGGCUAGCCGCUUUGGAGUAGACUGGAGAGGGAUGGAGGCAUGAGUUUGGGGGGAGAAGAGAGGCCAUGUUCACCCACAUCUGCCCUUCCUUAGCAGGCAGCAGUGAAUGGGAAUGACUCAGGUCCUGUAUUGGAUGGAUGGCCCUGCAUUUCCCUGUUGUCAUAUUUUUAUGUUAAAUCACUUCACAAGAAUAUUUUAAUAAACGCUCCCUAAUUUCUGUUCUUUAUGAGAGGAUAACUGUCUAGAUAAAGUUGUCUUUGAAAUUC